AUGGCCGCGCUGCCGCCCUCGUCGCCCCAUCGCGAAGUUGAACAACAACAACAGCAACCACCACCACAGGCCGACCCCGAUAGUGACGCGCCCUCAGUCACCCGUGCAACUGGUGGAAGACGGAAGCGAGCUCGAUCAAAUAAUGAGGACAAAGACACACCGGCCUGUGAUCAGUGCAGACUACGCAAAAUCCGGUGUGAUCGGCGGCAACCAGAAUGCUCAAACUGCCGCAAGUCGGGCGUAGAAUGCAGCUCAUCCAGCACUCUCAAGAGAAUCAACCACACAAAGCUACUGCGCGAUGACUUCUCUUUUGUGUUGCAGCGUUUAGAUCAAGUGGAUCAGACACUGGCUACUCUGACUGAAUUUACCCGCCAGCUCGCCGCGCGGCCUUGUUCUCAUGUCGCGAAUGUCGCCCAGCCCCAUGAUUUAGUGCCGCUUCCGAGCCCCGAACCGAUCAAUGUGGAUCAGCCCGAUACUCCGGUGUCUGUCGGUCCUUUGGCUUCGAAAGAGCCCGCAUUUGAGACGGUUGAGUUGGACGACGGUGGCGAGCGGGUUUAUGGGUACCCGGCACCUCUGGUCUUGAUCAAGUCUUUGCUACGACAGACAGGCAGUCCUCUUGUUGAGUCCGAUGAGCAUGGCGAGAAUCACGGCAGUGGUCGGGAGUCAUACAUUGCCUACGCUCUUCAAGACCCUCGUGUCAGAGCCACACUACAGAAGAAGCUAGACGAAUUCCCGUUCCAAUCGCGACGUCCAGAGUCUACCGUCACAAGUGACCUGAACCCCAUCACCACACCUCCACGCUUAAUGGUGAAUCUGUUCGUGGACGGGUAUUUGAAGCACAUCAACUCGCGAACGCCCAUAUUCGACGAUUCCGAGCUGCAUCGUGCCAUAGAGGCCCACUAUGGUGAUGAACAGCCGCAAGAAGGUUCAGCAAUGGCACUCAUCAUCAACAAUAUCGUUUUGCUCGAGUUUGGCAUGGAAUUACAAGCCGCUCGUGCCUCUCAUUCAAACUCACGUGGGAUGAACGAUGACAUACUUCCUUCGUUCCUCAAGAACUGUGAUCGUGCCAUUGCGAAUCUUGAUGCCUUCAUGGAACCGAGCUUGGUUAAUGUACAGGCACUCAUGACAUUGACUCUCGCUGCCCGAGAAUUCUAUAGUCUUGUAAUUGCUCAGAGAGUUUGCCACGCGGCUUGUCAGGCGGGCCGCGCACUCGGCCUGUAUAGGUCUAAAGCCCGCCCGCGAGGAGAAGGCUACCAAGAAUCUGAAGAUUCAGACAGGAUACGACGGCGCCUCUUCCAAGUUCUAUACACAAUGGACAAACAGCGUGUCUUUGUGACCGGUCUUCCAUGCGAUCUUCACAUGUUCGACUCGGACCAUAGUCCGUUCGACGACCCCUUGGGCCAGCUAAUGACCAUUUGGGAGGAGAUUUACAUGAAUCUCUACACUUCCAGGGCGAGCAAGGCCAGUGUAGAAACGCGAGCCCGGCAAAUGAGGCAACUUCACGGCUCCCUCAACAGGUUUUCCCAAAAGCACACAAGGCUAUUAUUCUCGCCUCCGAACACCACAAGCGACGUCGAUCUGGCAAAGAUCGAACUAGUGUACGCUUUCCAAGUAUCGCAGAUCCUUGUUCUUCGGUGCGAACGUGGCGAUGAGAACAGCCAGGAGAAGCUGCGUGAUCUCUCACGGGCAAGCCUAAAGUUGAUUCUCGAGGUAUCCAAAUCACCUCUUGAUCCAUCAAGGUUGGCCUUGCUGUCGAACUUGAUUGGUAGUUAUCCAAUGAUUGCAUUCUUUGAGCUUGUCUCCUUUCGUCUGGCCGAGUUAUUCAAAAAAGGCGAACACGAUGCAGCCGCCAAAGCAGACGUUUUACUACUCCGAGCGACAUGUGACCACCUCGACAUGCCGGAACAUAACAAGAAGUUCUCUCACAUAUUCUAUCACCGCAUGAGACUCGGACUCGGGUGGGCUCUGGAUGUCCUUCAGGUCUUGGGGGAAGCCCUCACAAGUCUGCCGGCUAGCAGGGAUAGUCGCAAUUCCACGUCGUCAUCGGCAUGCAAUUCCAAGAAUCCCCCGAGUCCUGUGGUGCCAGAAUUGCUCAAUGGAUGUCCCCUCAGGUUGCCCAAGGUCUACCAAGGCCAGUCUGGUCUGUCCCCGUCCCACUCCAACGAGACGAGUUUCCCCACUGCUGGACUUGCAGAAUUGGCAGGGUUUGGCUUUUUCACGCCCCCAGACACGGAUCCUAUGGAUCUAUCCUCCCGGCCACUGACAGCUGCAUGUGAAUUCCCUCCUCCAGUGUCAUCGUCCUCCAUGAUACCAGACCAAUCGGAGUUGACCUCUGAUUUCUUAACGGGCAAUACUGAAUGGAAUAAUUUCAACAUGGACUUCUUUCAGGGCGUUUUCGGACCAGGGACAAGGUGGGAAUGA